AUGGGGGACAGUACCCAAAAAAGAGAAUACUGCCUAAUAGGUCUUAGCAAAUUUAACUUAGCUGUUGGAAAGAUACUGAUGAGAGAUGGUCAUCAAGUGACUGCCGUUGAUAUAGACGAAAAGAAAGUUAACCAAUACGGUGAUAUGUUCACAUACACUGUAGUGUGUGACGCCACCAACAUAAAAGCAUUGGAAUCAGUGGACAUGAAACAUUUUGACUAUGUGGUGCUUGGAGUUUCAGAGGUGGGAUCAUCCAUUUUGAUAGCAGCCAACCUAAAGGAACUAGACAUUCAAAACAUACUAUGCAAAGCUAAAGACGAAUCCCACAAAAGAAUUCUUAAAUUUCUGGGAAUCACCAAUACCUAUAUUCCAGAGGAGGAGAUAGCUCCCAAAGUAUCCUACAAGCUAAUACACGACCUUAAUGUGGAUGCCUUCACUACAAUGCAAAACGAUGCAGACACAAUAUGCCUAAAAGUGCCACUAAACAAUUCAUCCUUCCUUAACAAACAAAUCAAAGACGUUGACUUCAUCAAAAAAUCAGCCAUCAUCCUAAUAAGCAUUACCAGAGCUGAUGGAAAAAUAGUUUCUCCGGUUAACGGUAAAGAUGAAUUUAUGAAAGGGGAUGUGAUAUGUCUGAUAUGCAACAAGAAAGAUAUUAUCCGGGUUAAAAGUAACUUCGAAUCCAAAUAG